UCCUCCCGCCGAGGCGGACGGGCACCCACCUGGGGUCCGCUGCCCACCUCUCCUCUCAUCCUCCUCUCUUCUCCUCCUUGUUUACCUGCACUUUUCCGCCGCCUCUUCCCCCGCCGCCCCCCGGCCCUCGCUCGUCCCCGCUCCCGGGCAGGCUCGGCGCCCCGCAGCUCCGCUCCCUCGGCGGUUUGCCCGUGCCCCUGCCCCGGGGAAGGCACUUGAAGGUGGAUCUAUUAAACCUCCCGGCGGUCUCUCCAAGUGGACCAAAUCUCCAUCAUGGAUGUAAGAUUUUACCCGGCUGCGGCGGGCAGCGCGCUCCCCGGAGACCCCUCCAACCUGGACUUUGCCCAGUGUUUGGGUUACUACAACUACAACAAGUUUGGAAACAAUAACAACUACAUGAACAUGGCUGAGGCAAAUAAUGCAUUUCUUGCUGCAAAUGAGCAGACGUUCCAUACGCCGAGCCUUGGGGACGAGGAGUUUGAAAUCCCACCCAUUACUCCCCCACCCGAGUCAGACCCUGCAUUGGGCAUGGCAGAUAUACUGCUCCCCUUUCAGGGCCUUGGUGACCAGCUGCCUGCACAAGGAAAUGAAUUUACGCCUCAGUUUCCCCCCCAGAGCUUGGAUCUUCCCUCUAUUACAAUAUCCCGGAAUCUCGUGGAGCAGGACGGCGUCAUCCACAGCAAUGGAUUGCAUAUGGAUCAGAGUCACACACAAGUUUCCCAGUACCGCCAGGAUCACUCUCUGAUUAUGAGAUCUAUUGUCCAUAUGACUGAUGCUGCUCAUUCGGGAAUUAUGCCCCCGUCUCAGCUCACCACCAUUAACCAGUCUCAGCUGAGUGCGCAGCUGGGGCUAAAUUUAGGAGGCACUAAUUUGCCACACACUUCUCCCUCCCCUCCUGCAAGUAAAUCAGCCACUCCUUCCCCAUCUAGCUCUAUCAAUGAAGAAGAUGCAGAUGAAUCAAACAGAGCUACUGGAGAAAAAAGAGCUGCCCCAGAUUCUGGCAAGAAGCCCAAGACUCCAAAGAAGAAGAAAAAGAAAGACCCCAAUGAGCCACAAAAGCCAGUGUCAGCAUAUGCCCUUUUCUUCAGGGACACACAAGCUGCAAUUAAAGGACAGAACCCGAACGCUACAUUUGGAGAUGUUUCAAAAAUAGUGGCAUCUAUGUGGGACAGUUUAGGAGAAGAACAAAAACAGGUGUAUAAAAGAAAAACUGAAGCUGCCAAAAAAGAAUACCUGAAGGCACUUGCUGCCUACAGAGCAAGCCUUGUUUCUAAGGCUGCUGCAGAAUCUGCUGAGGCCCAGACAAUUCGUUCCGUUCAGCAAACACUGGCAUCCACAAAUUUGUCUUCCUCCCUUAUUCUGAAUAGUUCUCUUUCUCAACACCCGACGGUAUCGGCGUCUCCCCAAACUCUUCAGCAGCCCCUUUCCAGAGCAAUUGCCCCAAAACCCUUGACCAUGAGACUGCCAAUGAAUCAGAUUGUAGCUUCUGUUACCAUUGCCCCAAACAUGCCGACAAACAUUGCAGCUCCGUUGAUAAGCUCCAUGGGCACAAACAUGGUGGCAACGCCGUCUUCGUCUCAAGUCAGCCCCUCCAUGCAAAGCCAGCAGCACCAGAUGCAGCAGCUCCAGCAGCAACAGAUGCAGCAGAUGCAACAGCAGCAACUACAUCAGCAUCAAAUGCAUCAGCAGAUACAACAGCAAAUGCAGCAGCAGCAUUUUCAGCACCACAUGCAGCAACAUUUGCAGCAGCAGCAGCAUCUUCAGCAGCAGAUUAAUCAACAGCAAAUGCAACAGCAACUGCAGCACAUACAGCUUCAGCAAAUGCAGCAGCAGCAAAUGCAGCAUAUGCAACACCAGUCACAGCCUUCUCCUCAGCAGCAUUCUCCAGGAGCCCCGCAGAUCACUUCUCCCAUCCCUGCCAUUGGGAGCCCUCAGCCAGCACCUCAGCAGCACCAGUCACAAAUACAAUCUCAAACACAGACUCAAGUAUUAUCGCAGGUCAGUAUUUUCUGAAGAUAAAUGAUCUUACAACAUGGCUUUGUGUUGAUGGAGGGGGUAGGGGUAAACCAUAUUUGGCUGAAAACUGUAAAUUGUUGAUGGUAGUUAUGCAGGGAUGCAUAACAGAUCAAAUGAUCCUCUAAAGUGUCUAUUAGAUAGGCAAUAAAGAACUACAAUGUAGCUGUGUAUCAUCUUUUAGCUGACUAUAAAUCAUUUUGUUUAAAAGAAAAAAUGCUGUUCUCUUUUUCAUGUGAUGCCUUUUUAAUUUAUUUAAGCUUUACCUACUAUAUGUGAAUCAACUGGCCUAAUAAAUAUCUGGACCUUAUGACUGCAAAAUGGCCUUUCAGAGUUAUAUGCUAAAACCCUUCUUUCUUUAAAAGUGAGUAAUGCACUUCAAGGCAGUAUGAACUCAUGAAGCCCUUAAAGCACAGUUGUAACUACCUGUAAAAUUAUGAUUGGAUUUCAUACAAUCAUACUUGUAUGACAUGAGUUAGUUGAUGGCAUUUUUUGUCAUGAAAAAAUAGAGUAAAUCACAGAUUUUUGCCAAAGCUCUUAUUUUUUUUUUUUUCUCUCCUAAAUAUCUUCAGAAAAACAAAUGCAAGUAACUGGACUUAAAUGUUUGACCCAACUUUUCACUUCAUUUCUCCAAAUAAAUCUGCCAUAGUUCGUAAGAAAAUAUAUAUUGACAUUUACCCUCUUAUGUUAAUUCCAGUUACAGAACAAAUGUGAAUAUUAUAUUCUGUGUUGAAGUGAUGAGUUUCAGAUUUAAUACACUGUAUUUUUAAAAGGGAAAUGCACUUAAAUAAAACUGUUAUUACAGAAAGGUAAGAUGAGAAAUGCAAGUUAUUAAUACACUGUAAAACCAGUAGAAUAUUUAAAUGAAACUCCACAACUGAAUAAUCAAUGUAAAUAUUUUCUUUAAAAGUUGUAAUUUUUCAUAUCAUGUGUUGUAAAGUUUUCAUAAAUGAGGCUUUAAUGUAAACACUGGUAACAUGAAUUAUUAAUUGCUACAUUGCUUAUUGUGUUUUUAUGCUGUUUUAUACUUUUUUAUGAGUUAUGAUAGCAGCGAUUAAGUUGUUUGUAUUUUGCUUAUCUAAAAUAAAUGCUUUUAUCUUGCUAUAGAAUAAACACAU